UCAUAUGUCUUGUUAUGCAAGACACGCUGCGCUAAAAUUUCCAGCCCUAUUCAGCCAAGGGGGUAUGUUCCUACUGCGUUAGAACACCGCUUUAUGAUGAAAACCCUUUUGAAGCGCGUGUUGCCAAAAGUAUGCCGACGCCGGGCGCCCGCUUCCAAGUUUCUCCAAGCCAAUUCCAAGCAGACACAUCGAAUUUUCCCACUUGCUUCCCACCAAAUGCGUGGAUUUGUAUGUGUGCGAAAGGACCAUCCUCAGUCAUUCAUAAUCCCAUCAUACAGAUGGAUAUCUUUACCACUGAUCCGUGCCUGUCUUCAAAUAUCAAUAAUACCUACGAACGUGCAUCCAUGGAUCUCAGGCUCUAGCCCAUAUGUAUAGAGUGGAUUAGCACCUCAGUGGCCAAACAUUUUUUUCACGAUCUCUAUCUCGAUGUCGCUCUCAAAGGAGGGUAGCUCGAGCGACCAUGAAAGUCGGGCUCUAAACGGGGCCCGUAUCACACCCAUCAGGCGAAGUGGUCGUCGAAAAUUGUUCAUAAUCACAGGCAUAGCUGGCGCCAUUGUAGUCGUGCUUGCUUUGGCUCUUGGUUUGGGGCUCGGAUUGGGAUUGAAGAAGAAGACGUCGAAUAUGAGCUAUGUCACGACAAACUCUUCAUUUCUUCUGGACCCGAGUUUUGUUGUCACGAAUGCAACGACAACCAGAUACUACGAAUUCGUCAUAUCUGAAGCAGUCGGCUCGCCUGAUGGUGCCGAGAGAACUAUGUUAGUGGUGAACAACCAAUUCCCUGGUCCUAUUAUUGAGGUGAACAGCGGUGAUGAGCUUGUGGUUAACGUUAUCAACCAAUUACCCAACGGCACCACUAUUCAUUGGCAUGGUCAACUUCAAAACGGGACCAACUACAUGGAUGGCACAAGCGGUAUCACUCAGUGCCCUAUUCCUCCGGGAAUGAAUUACACCUACCGUUUCACGAUUAAUCCGAACCAGUAUGGCACGUUCUGGUACCAUGCUCAUGCAUCCACACAGUACACUGACGGCAUCUACGGACCAUUUAUAAUUCACUCUCCCAACGAGCCUAUUUUUGGCCAAUAUGACCGCGAGGCACUUGUCAUACUUUCGGAUUGGUAUGAUGUGAUGUCUUCCGGAUUGCUCACUCAGUACUUGAGCUCCGCUGGGAUCGACGGCUCUAACUAUGGUGGAAUCAAUCCUGGGGCAGAACCUCCUCCGGAUAGCGGUCUCAUCAACGGCAAAAUGACCGGUUCCUCAUUUGAUCUUGAACCAAAUUUACGCUAUCGACUUCGUAUUAUCAAUAUGGGCACACUGACAGAGUUCAUGUUUAGCGUCGACUCGCAUGUGCUGAGUGUUGUUGAAGCAGAUGGAACAUCUCUUGUACCUGUGGAUGUGCACCGUGUCCCUAUCCAUGUCGCGCAGCGCUACUCUGUUAUCUUGACAACAAAUCAGACGGCAGGAUCGUACAAUGUACGUGGAGAGAUGCAGAGCUCUUGCUACAAACUCAGUAAUCCAAACCUCAACACGAUGGUGCUGGCUACGAUGACAUACGGUGCCUCGCCAACGACACCCAACACCCAGGAUUGGUCGGACGCAAUCCCCGCCCUUUGUCUCGACCUUAAUAGUACAAUGAUCGUACCCCAAAUUGCCAUGGACCCACCCAACAGCACGGAGAGUGUUCAAGUCUUCAUGUCUUUUGAGCAAACAGUUCAAUCUGGUGGAACGCAAACGCUGGCAUUCAUAAACAGCACGAGUUGGCUAAGUGAUACCACAAAUCCUACUUUGCUGCAGAUGUCAAAAGCCGGGAUUCAGACUGCCUUCGACUCAAAUCAACUUGUCGUUGUCAACGACAAUAUCACUGUUUUCGACUUAAUUGUGAAUAAUUAUGAUGAUAGUAGCCACCCAUUCCAUCUUCAUGGGCACAUAUUCUGGAUUAUUGGCGAAGGUGAUGGCAGUUACAUAUCUGGGGUACGCGACACAUUGACUCUUCCCGGCUACGGUUGGGUCGCUAUCCGCUUCAUCACGGACAACCCGGGGCUCUGGGCGUUCCACUGUCACAUUGGCUGGCACAUGGCUGCGGGGCUGCUGAUGCAGUUUGCGGAUCUGCCGAGCAAAGUCCAGGAGUUGCAGAUACCAUCUUAUUUGAGUGACCAAUGCACACAGCAAAGUGGGGGUAUUGUAGCCAAUUAGUGUGCAGUCUCUAGGUGUACUUGUACUUUCUUGGAAGUCAUGCUCACUGGAUAAUUACUAUUUAGAGAAUGAUGUACGUCGAACGGUUGAACGUAAAGACGGUUGAGCUCUAGACUAAAGAGAGAGCUCGUAAUACAACAGCUCAAAAUGCAGAUGAACUAGCAGCCGCUCUCGAGGCCUACAAUUCCAAUACCUCCUUGACACUCUUCCACUGGUGUCCAGGCCAGGCUGCAUUACCGCUAUUAGCAUUCUCUGGGAUGUCCUUGUCGAUGUAGUUGUCCCACCCAGAGCUGCUCUGCCCAAACCGUUACUGCACUCAAAUAUUUUUCUAAACACAACUAUACAGAGG